AUGUCUGAAGCAGCACAAGAUCAAAUGGAGAUUAAGUUUAGGUUGAUUGAUGGAUCAGAUAUUGGCCCGAAAAAUUUCCCUACGGCUACAAGCGUUGCAACCUUGAAGGAGAAUAUCAUAGCUCAAUGGCCUAAAGAGAAAGAAAAUGGUCCACGGACAGUCAAAGACAUCAAACUAAUUAGCGCGGGAAGAAUAUUAGACAACAACAGAACUAUUGAGGAGUGUAGAAGCCCAUUAUACGACAUUCCAGGAGUAGUCAUGACCAUGCAUGUUGUGGUUCAAUCACCAGCAACGGAAGUAAAGAAGUCGCUGAGUGACUCGAAGCAGAAUAAAUGUGUCUGCAUUAUAUUAUGA